GCUACUAAAUACAUUUAUAACCAAGUCUUGUUUCUCUCUCUUCUUUCUCUCUCACUCCUCAUUUCAGAAACAGAGGACCACGAAAUUCCCGGUUCUCUCAUACAAGCGCAUGGGAGAAAAAAAUAAAAACAAAAAAGAAAAACAUAAAUCACGAGCUUGCUUCAAUGACUUCUGAUUAUGCGGUCAAACUUGCAGCGGAGCUUGAAUCAGCUUCGCGUUUGAGAGCUGCUCAAUUCUUGGUGACGCAGAGGCCGUGGCUUGAUCUUUAUGGGGUUAAUGUCAGACCUGUUACUCCUUUCCGUAGCUUGAGCAAACCGUUUGUUGAAACAUCACUUUUACACCGCACCUUGCCUGAUGAGUUGCUUUUUGAGAUAUUUUCAAAGAUGAGUCCUUAUACCCUUGGGAGAGCAACUUGUGUCUGUCGAAAAUGGAGAUAUACUAUCCGUAACCCUGUGUUCUGGCGAAAUGCAUGCUUAAGGGCUUGGCAGCUGAAUGGAAUUGUGGAAAAUUAUAAGAUUCUCCAAUCAAUGUAUCAUGGCUUAUGGCGGAAAAUGUGGCUUUUAAGACCAAGACUUCGGACUGAUGGGCUUUAUGUCAGUCGGAAUACCUACAUUCGUGCUGGGGUUGCAGAGUGGAGAACCACCAAUCCUGUGCAUAUUGUUUGCUAUUUCCGCUACAUGCGAUUUUAUCCAUCUGGAAGGUUCCUUUAUAAGAACUCAUCGCAAAAAGUAAAAGAUGUUGCAAAAUACAUGAAUGUUCGUUCAUCAAGAUCUGAUACUGAUAGUGUUUUUAGUGGACAGUACACACUUGCUGAAGAUAAGGUUGAAGCUGCUAUUUUAUAUCCUGGCUUACGCCCAACUGUUUUAAGAAUCCGCUUGAGGUUAAGGGGGACCAUAGAAGGCGCUAACAAUAGAAUGGAUCUGAUAUCACUUGUUACAAGUGGUGUGAACGAUGCGGAGGCCAGUGGGCCGGAUGAGGCAAUCCUCGGAGUAGUUGAAGGGUGGCAGGAGGAUGAAACCCACAACCCCGACGUCCCUGCAGUCUCGCACAAGAGGGGUCUCACGCCCUUCGUCUUUGUCCCAUUCGAUGAAGUUGAAAAAUCUGUGUUGAACUUGCCUGUGGAGAAGAUGGAUUAUUUUGUACCUGGUUGAUCGCCACCGUAUGCUAAGAAGCUUUUUGUGUAAAUAGAAAGGAUUGUUUUUAUGUUAGUUAAAUUAUUGCUACAUGGUAUGUACCAACACUUGUGUAAUAUGCUAAAACGUGUUCUAGUGUUGUAUGCAAAGGUUGUGGAAAACUAGUAUUCAAGAACUAGACUUGAUGAUGUGAUAAUGUAAGAAUAAAUUAAAGUUUUUAUUUAUUUAUUAAGAAUGCAAAAACAUCUUCAUUGA